GAACAAGAAGUUUUUUUUUCAUUUUGAAUGUUUGUUAUUCUCUAGUUAGUUAAUUGAUGUCGGGUUAAUUUAUUUUACCAUUUAAUUGUUUAAACUUUGACCAAAUCGUAAGCUAAACUGUGAUGGAUUUGUUAACUAAAAUCACUUCUAUUCUGGUUGUUCUGAUCGCAAUUGGAUUCACAAUAUUCACCAAUUAUCCAGCCCCACCGAUCUCACCAAUUAUGUAUCAAUGGCAAACUUGGGGAUCAUAUUUAACUUUUAAACAAUUUAAAAUCUUUUAUAUUGACAAACAAAUCAACAAUGGGACAAAGACAUUAUUAUGUUUACAUGGUUUUCCAACUUCAAGUUUUGACUAUUUUAAAGCUUAUCCAUUUUUAAUCAAAAGCUUUGAUAGAAUUGUUUUUAUUGACUUUCUCGGAAUGGGUUAUAGUGAUAAACCGACUUUACAUUCUUAUUCAAUCAUGGAACAAGCAGAUAUUGUUCAAUCGGUAAUCAAUCACAUUGGACUUGACGAUUUUCAUAUUUUAGCCCAUGAUUAUGGUGAUACAGUGACUCAAGAGAUUCUUGCUCGUAUAAGAGACGAUGGCCUUAAUUUAAAGAUUAAAUCAGUAUCCAUGAUGAAUGGAGGAGUAUUUCCAUCAAUUCAUUCACCUUUAGUUAUUCAAAAGCUACUUCAUCUUCCAGUGAUUGGUUAUCUUCUUGGAAAGUUAAACAAUAAAUAUACGUUCGCAAUCAAUUUAAACAGAGUUUUCGGAAGUGGAACCAGUCCAACGAUGGCCGAGUUUUACAAUUUCUGGGCAAUUGUGCGACAUAAUCACGGAUACCGAGUAUUCGGUGAUAUUUUAGCCUAUCUGGAUGAAAGAUUUGAACAUGAGGAUCGAUGGGUUUCCGCCAUGAAGAAUACCAAGAUUCCAUUGCAAUUUAUUUAUGGUCCUAGUGAUCCAGUUAAUCCACCGCCGUUUGAUGUGAUGUAUCAUAAAUUGAUCUACAAUCCAUAUUUUGAUAAAUUAGAUGAAAACAUUGGACAUUAUCCUCAUUUCGAGGCACCCGAAGAAGUCGUCAAGAGAUUGAAUCUUUUUUUACAAAAGAAAGGACUUUAGUAUAAGUGUACAGUUUGAUAUGUUUAUUAUGGUGUUUUGACAAAAUAAAUCUAAUCGAUAUUAUCACGAGAUGAAA